AUGUGUCAUUUACUCAAAGAUCUUCCAUUACAGUUGUAUCUUUAUCAUCAAGGCAAAGUACUUUUUCAAAAUGCUACAUUUUGUUUUAUAUGGCGACUUAUUGAUUAUAGUGGCUAUGCAGCAGGUGCACUGUUACUAGCAUGGGCUUCAUUUGAACGACAUAUUCUCAUUUUUCAUGAUCGUCUUCUUCGUUCAAAAUGGAAAAAUAUAUAUUUACAUUAUGCACCACCUUUUAUCAUUAUUGUCUAUGUUUUCUGUUUCUAUAUCUAUGGAUUGUCAUUUUAUCCAUGUAAAACUCCACUUAAUUUUCAAGGCAUUGCUUGCGGCAAUGAUUGUAUACGAAGUUAUGCAAUGUUUUCCGCAUGGGGCAAAAUGGUUCAUCAGAUAGCUCCCUCAUUAUGUAUUGGUAUAUUUAGUGUUUCACUUUUGAUUCGUGUUCUUUAUUCGAAGCGACGUCUUCAGCAAGCAUUUAGUUGGCGAAAACAUAGUAAAAUGGCUUAUCAACUUCUUUCUAUAUCAUUUGUCUGUAAUGCAGCCCUAUUACCGUAUGGUACGCUCAUCUUCUUGAAUGAAGUAGGUGUACGAGAUAUACCCA